UCCAGUCCCCCACGGCUGGUGACUCUCUUUACAGAGAGGGUAAGAAGCGGACUGAUAUCGAGUGACUCCUGCUGGUUCUUUUUUGGGGGUCUCUCCGGACCUUAGGGGUACAGAUUCAGGAACUUUCUGGUCACUUGCAUACGGGCGUCUGAAAAUAGAAUCUCGGGAAAAACCGAGCAAACGGGCGCCGAGGAUUCUGGGGAAUCCUAUGCAAAUGAGGGUGACGCUAUAGACCAGCCCGCGCUGCUUGAGUUUAGUUUUACUUAACGCGUGCUGAGAGUUGAGCGUUGAGUUGGCCGCAGGGCAGGAAGUUGAGUGAGCAGUAGUUAGCCGGGCAGAUAAGGACGGUUAGGGGUGAUUGGAGAGGAGGAGGGACCAUGAACUGCCAUUAUCUAGUUGGAUUCAGAGGGUCGAGAGGAUGUUGGAAAGGCUGCUCGUUGCAGAGAGCGGAGAGCGGAGGUGGGGAACGGCAGACAUCCCGGGUUGCGGUUGACUACAACUCCCAGGAGGAAGUGAGCAGCCCGCCCUUCCUUGAGUGUCCGGUCCGUGCAGCCAGUGGUCUCCGGACAGUAGAAGAAUGAGAAUGAGCCCUCUGUGUAGUUUCACCCCUCGCCUCCUGCACCCCCGGGGCUCCCACACAGCAGUGGGCACCUUCGUACCACCAUGUCCUCCCCUGGACCCAGAGAAAGUCAAGGAGCUGCAGCGCUUCAUCUUGCUUUCCAAAAGGCUCCUGGUAAUAACGGGAGCUGGAGUCUCCACCGAGUCAGGCAUCCCCGACUACAGAUCCGAAAAGGUGGGGCUCUACGCCCGGACGGACCGGCGCCCUAUCCAACACGUGGACUUUGUCCGAAGUGCUAAAAUCCGCCAGCGCUACUGGGCGAGAAAUUUUGUCGGGUGGCCCCAGUUCUCGUCUCACCAGCCUAACGCAGCACAUCUGACCCUGAGCAGCUGGGAGAGACUUGGGAAGCUCUACUGGCUGGUGACCCAAAAUGUGGAUGCUCUGCACACCAAGGCGGGGAGUCGGCGCCUGACAGAGCUCCAUGGCUGCAUGCACAGGGUUCUUUGUUUGCAUUGUGGAGUGCAGACUCCCCGGCAGGCCCUGCAGGACCGAUUUGAAGCCCUGAACGCCACCUGGGAAGCCAAGGCCCACGGCGUGGCCCCCGACGGCGACGUCUUCCUGACUGAGGACCAGGUACGAAGCUUCCAAGUUCCAUCCUGCGCCAAGUGUGGAGGUCCUCUGAAACCGGAUGUUGUUUUCUUUGGGGACACGGUGAAUCAUGAUAAGGUGGAUUUCGUGCACAUGCGUGUGAAGGAAGCCGACGCCAUUCUGGUGGUAGGAUCUUCCUUGCAGGUAUACUCUGGCUACAAGUUCAUUCUCGCAGCCCAUGAGAAGAAACUACCCAUUGCAAUACUGAACAUUGGGCCCACGAGGUCAGACCAGUUCGCCUGCCUGAAGCUGGAUUUCCGAUGCGCAGAGCUCCUGCCUUUAAUAGCCCCGCAGUGAUUGGGGCUCAAGGCUCCUAAAACCAAAGGAGGACUUUACUGGACCUGAGCUGCUAAAGAAUACUUACAAGAUGUCCUUCCCACCCUACUCUUACUGUCCAGACCUACCUCAAAAUGGCAGAUGCUGUUUCUCAGCCAGUAGAGGGCACACAUGACCAGAUUCAUCCAUCCCAGCAUCUUGCUUUGGAACCGGGGGGCCAGUGUCCAAUUGUGCAGCCGUAUUUCCUGCCAGUGACUUGGAAAUUGCACAUUGUUUGGAGAACGGGCACCGAGGAACAUCUCUGCUCCAACGGCAGCUUUAUUUAAGGUGGACAACGCUGGUUUCAAGCAGCACCUCCUUCUCAGAGCUGACCUGCUCAUUCUGGGUUGGUGACGGUCCUAGUACAGAAGCCAGAGAGGUGUCCAUGGGAAUUUGGGUGCCCUUUGAGGAAAGGGGAGGAUGAAACACUAAUUUACUUUUAUUAAAGUUAUUUUUAACAGUACUAUUUCCAUCAAUCAAUAAACAUUUUUAAAAUACCUUUAAGAAAACAAAUGAAUAGAUUUCCUAUGGGCAGGGCAAGUAGUGAUUUAGAUGAAUUUUUAUUAAACAAGGAAUCAUGGGAGACUUCUUUUCUUCAGCACACCAGGUGCAGGGUGUGUGACACACAUACACACAUGGAAUUGUAUUCUAUUUCAGUCGUUAACAACAGAAGGAGAGUUUGUGGUGGAAAUCUCCAGAGAUUUCUCUUUGGUCUCAGAGACCAGGGCCAACCACCUGCCUUAAAGCCCAAAUUGUAGGAGAAACGGUGAAAUUCCACUUGUGGAUUGUGGAACCAAUGAACGUUCAUUGUUUUGAACUUGUUCUGUUACGGAGAAUCAGUAGGUACACCUCAGGCUUUCUAAACAAUCUAAUCAGCAAAGGAAAAAGAAUGAGAGAAUCACAGCUCUCUAAAUGGAAGUCCUCUGUCUGAAAUUAGGGCAGGCAAUAUGAGCUCACUGAACACAUACCUGGAAAACAAACAGGCCUUUACUGAGAUCCCCAGAUUUUUGGAAAUAUACUGAACUUUGUCACCUGAACAGAUGAUAACUCUCUGAGUACCCAUGUGAAGGGCACUUGUUGGCAAACCCCGGUGUAGCCAGGUCGAAGCUGGGGAAGGUAAGGGAACGUUGAACCUGGAAUGAUUGUGCAAUGAAUGCAUGAGAGCAAAAUAAUUAGAAACUGGUACUCCUGAGUCCCUCUACUGUUCUUGGGCCAGAGAAAAUAAAACUGUUUUCUUUCUA